AUGAUGGAUACAGCUUCUUUGAUGUCCAUUCCGUCGAAUGACUGUAAGUUCACGUGGUCAAACAACCGCAAUGUGGGUAAUGUCCGUGUUGUUCUUGAUCGCAGUAUUUGUAAUGAGGAUUGGCUAUCCAUAUUUCCAGGGUGCACUCAGCGAGUGGUGGCUUCUAGCUAUUCGGAUCACUGUCCAUUGGUGGUUUCUUGUGAUGGGAUUCCGUGCCCUUCAAACAUCCCAUUCCGUAUGCUAAGAUUUUGGUCUGAGCAUCAUGAUUUUGUUAGUGUGGUUCUGUCCUCAUGGGUGGUACCUAUUAUUGAGACUCCUAUGUAUGUUGUUGCUGCGAAGUUGAAAAGGAUUAAGAUGGCGCUGAAGUCAGAAGUAGCUGCCAAGAAGGAUUAUGACUCAGCGCUUGUGUUACAAGAGAAGGUUUGGGCUCAAAAAUCUCAGUUAAAAUGGCUUCGCCAUGGCGACCGCAACACUAAGUGUUUUCACUUGUCUACUAAGCUAAGACGAGGGAAGAAUCAUAUUAAAGAGAUUCAAGAUGGGGUUGGUGGUGUUUUAGCAUUUCCUGCAAGCAUUGGUCAGUUCAUCUGUGAACAUUUCGAGAGCUUCCACAAAAUGGAUUUGAUGGUUAAUUCGAAUGAUAUUUUGAGCUGCAUCCCUGAGAUCAUCACUAUGGAUGAUAAUCUGACUUUAAUGGCUGUCCCAUCUAUUGACGAAAUCAAAGCGGCUGUCUUUGAUUUAGAUCCUUCUAGUGCCCUUGGUCCAGAUGGUUUUCCUGGGAUUUUCUACCGCUAUUGCUGGAGCAUUUUGGGUCCUGAGGUGUGCUUGGCUGUGCAGAAUUUCUUCUCAGAGGGAGUUAUCACAAGGGCGGUAAACUCUAACUUCUUAACAUUGAUUCCUAAAGUAGCUAAUGCUUCUAAUGUCAGUCAUUUUCGCCCUAUCUGUCUUGGUAAUUUCCUUUUUAAGAUUAUUCCCAGGAUCUUUGCCAUGCGGAUCUCUAUCCAUCUUCCUAGAUUGAUUUCUGAGGAGCAAGGCACUUUUCAAAGGGGCAAAAUAAUCUCUUCCAAUAUUUGCAUGGCCUCUGAACUUGCAAAUUUGAUGCACUCUAAAUCCUUUGGUAGAGGAUUGGCUUUAAAGCUUGAUAUCAAGAAGGCAUUUGAUAAUCUUGAUUGGGUAUUUUUGUUUGAUGUGAUGCACAAAUUUGGGUUCUCCCAGCUCUUUACUGACCAUCUGCACCAAAUUUUUCUAUCUUCAAAAUUAUCUGUUCUUAUAAAUGGUGGCCCUGUGGGAUUCUUUGGGGUGGGACAUGGCCUUCAUCAAGGGGACCCACUUUCUCCCAUCCUUUUUAUCAUUGCUGAAGAGGUCUUUUGUCGCGGUAUCUCGCUUCUUAAGAUGGAGAAUAAAUUCUACUCCCUUCCUGGUCCAAGAAAUGUCUUUACCCCAUCUCACUUGCUUUAUGCCGAUGACAUUUUUGUCUUUAUUAUUGUAGAGCUGACAUUUAAUGAAGUUUUUGGACAAGUACCAAAGAUGAUCAAAUGGAGUAUUCGUCAUGUCUACUGGGAGGUCAACACUGUGGCAGAUGGAUUAGCGAAGCACGCAGCAAUAUCGAAAUCUUCUAUUGAGUGGAUAGCGCCUACUCUUUUUGUAGUUUCUGAUAUUGAAUGGGACGCUAUAGGAAAACCAAGAUUCCGAUUUGAAUAA